AUGAGAUCCGGAAGAGUUAGUCGACCAUCACUAGCCUUGGCGACAACAGGGUAUGACACCGUACACUACAUUGUGCAAGGUAGCGCGCUCGACACUUGUUGUCGCUGUCAAUAUCAGUGGCGAACACCGAUAGUUGAUCAUGCAGCAGCGCACUGCUGCCACUCCUGUGGCAGUGCACCACUACUGUUUGACAGCAAAGAGAGUUAUUCACAAUUUAUUAUGAAUUUUGACAAGAAUAAGUUAGAGUCCACACUCCCAGAAUUGCUGAACAUGUUUAAGAAUGUUGAUCACAACAUCAAAGUUAGUAGUGGGCAAAUCUUGGUCAUUACUUCCUUUAAGGACACUAAGAGAAAGUCUAAAGGCGGCUUUGGAAAAGCAUCCAAGAAGGCUAAGACAAACCAGAAAGCAGUCAAGACAAUAUCAAGUCUAAUGACCAUUGCUAUCAUUUUGGAAUGA